GCAUUGUUUUGACUUUUAAAAGAAAAAAAAUAAAUAAAUAAGAAAACGUGAAACAGAACUGGAACCGGAGUCGUCGGCCAUUGUUGUCCGACCUAGCAAAACGAAGAGAGAAGAAGAAAUCUUUUGAGAAGAACGUCGAGCCUCAGCUAUUGUUGUCCGCCGGAGCUCUCUCACGCCAUAGAUUGAACCAGGUAUUGUUUAAGAAAUUGUCACAGUAACUGCUGUCCACAUUGUUAAAAUUCUGGGUUGAAGUUACUUCAAAUUGCAGAUCAGAGCUAUGCUAGUUUUCGGUAGCCGAAAUCCACUUUUCUUCGAAUUUUCCUCAAUUGGGAAAAAACAGAUUAGGAUCAACAGAGUAAAGCCUUCGUUAGGGGUUGAGUUUUCGAAAUGCAGGUUUUCCUUCUUGCAGAAGGCUACAGAAUUUAGCCUUUUCACAGAAAAGGUAGCGACCAUCUCUCUGAUCAAUUGCUACCAUAGUCAAAGUGAGCAGACUCCAACUGAUUCCAAGGCUGUUGAUAAGAAAAUUACUAGGAAGGCUGGAAAGAAACAGCACCACUUGUGGAUUAAAAGAGAUUCAGCUGGGUCUGGGCAAAAGGCACUCAAUCUUGUUAGAAUUGUUUCUGCACUUCCAAAUGAGAAAGAAGCCGUUUAUGGUGCAUUAGAUAAAUGGACAGCUUGGGAAACAGAAUUCCCAUUAAUUGCAGCAACUAAGGCUCUACGAAUCUUGAGGAAGAGGAGUCAGUGGAUUCGAGUGAUUCAAGUUUCCAAGUGGAUGUUGAGCAAAGGUCAAGGAGCGACUAUGGGAACAUAUGACACGCUUCUACUGGCAUUUGACAUGGACCAGAGGGUUGAUGAAGCAGAAUCAUUAUGGAAUAUGAUUUUGCAUACGCAUACACGAUCUAUCUCAAAGCAGUUGUUUGCUAGGAUGAUCUCCUUGUAUGAUCAUCACAAUAUACCAGAUAAAAUAAUAGAGGUGUUUGCAGACAUGGAGGAGUUAGGUGUAAAACCAGAUGAAGAUACCGUCAGGAAAGUUGCACGUGCCUUCCAAAAGCUAGGUCAAGCAGACAAGAAGAAGCUGGUUCUCAAGAAGUACCUGAGUAAAUGGAAAUACAUUCACUAUAAUGGUGAACGGGUUAGGGUAAGACGAUGUUUAUGGGGUGAAUAAAAACUGUUUAAGACUUUUGUCAAACCAAAAUGGGUUUGAAGUCAAAAUUUGCAAAGGAAGCACACUUUGCGACAAAUGUUCUAUCAACUUGAACAUCAUUUGAUGAAAAAGAAGCCGACUUGCUAGCCUGAACCACAAGCCAGCUGUUCUUUAUACUAAGGUUCCAGUGCUGGACCUUUUUUUUGUUGCUAUUAUGGCAGAGUUUUGAUCGACUUGACCAUGUGUCAAUGGGUAACAAUUCAACUUGCUGUUCCGAUACAAAUUUAUUGGUUUCCAACAUCCUCAUGACAUUCCCAAGGAAAGUGGACAUAAUGGUUUUUCCAUUGUAAAAGACAUUGUAUUGUAUGUCGAGCCAAAAAAAAGAAAUUGACAUUGUAUUGUCGGGUUUAUUCAGACAUUGUUUUUGCAAUCUGGACGCAGAUUCAACUGGAGUCUGCUGAAUUACAUUGUGUACCAAUUUAGUUCUUUCAUUUGGAUGCAUCAAGAGUUGAGAGUAACAUUAAAUUUGGUAAACAAGAGGUCAUGAUGGUGACAACUGAUGUGGUGAAGGUGAUGGUGGUGAUUCCUCUCAGUAAGAAAAGGGAAAGGUGGUACACUUGUUUUUUUGCUUUUUGAUAACUUGGUUUCCGGCCCAAGGCGGUACAAUUGUACCAUUUUGUAUUUUGAAUGUGGUUCUUUUGAAUUAUUUUUCUGUAAUCUUAAUGGAAAUGUUGAAUCCAUUCUUAGAUCCGUAAUGGAAUGAAAUUAGCAGGAUUGUUUUUUUGUGCAA